GCAAGACGCAACAUCGCCAAAAGUCGCCAAUCGCCAAAAUGGACCCGUAUUCCGCAGAAGGUGAAUUGAUCAACAUUCACACCCACUUCUACCAGUCACAAUACCAGGAGGUCAUCGAUUUCGACACAUCAUCCUUCUCCGCUGAGAAUGAGCUGCCCGUACGAGUACUGAAGCUCCGAGCCCGCAUCGCCCUUGGCCAGGCCGAAGACGUUGUUGCAGAUGUCGCGGGCGAGGCCGUUCCCGACCUGGAAGCUGUCGGCGCUCUCGCCGAGUACACUCUUGGAAAGACCGAUGCGGCAUUGACGACGAUUGAGAAGUUGGCUUCAUCGGCGGCCGAUAACGUUACCGUUCAGGUUGUUGGCGGCACGGUUCUACAAGCUGCUGGAAAGUCUGAGGAGGCACUUGCGCUGCUUUCGCAACACCAAGGAAGCUUGGACGCUGUCGCCUUAAUAGUCCAGAUCCACCUACAACAGAACCGAUCCGAUCUAGCUGUGAAGGAAGUUACCGCUGCACGAAGAUGGGCGCAAGAUAGUCUCUUGGUUAAUCUAGCUGAGGCUUGGGUUGGAGUCCGAGUGGGCGGCGAAAAGUACCAACAGGCAUUCUACGUUUAUGAGGAGCUUGCGCAGGGCUCUUCAACUUUCUCAGUACCCAGUCUCAUCGCACAGGCUGUUUGCGAGAUACAUCUUGGCCGUCUUGAGGAGGCCCAGUCUGCCUUGCAGCAGGCCAUAGAAAAGGACCCAAAGAAUGCUGAAGGCAUUGCCAACUUAUUGGUUUUGAACUCCAUUUCCGGAAACAGCACCGACGAGCUUCUCGAAUCACUAAAGCAGGCCAACCCCAACCACCAGCUGCUAUUGGACUUGGAGGAGAAGAGCAGCCUAUUCGACAAGGCGGCAGCCAAGUAUUCAGCCAAGGCAUAAUCAUAGACGAGAUUCAAUUUAUACAGCGAGUUACUAUGUUACAAUGGGGCGAAUGAUAGAGCAUCGGAGACGACAAGGAUACGAGCCAAAGCCUUUCACACGCGAAGUGCUUUAUAACCCGAUCCAACAUCCAUCUCAGCCUUUUGAAGUCGAACGACCGCCCCUAUACCUAGAAAGAGAACCUCACGUCCAGAGACUAUGUGAUGCUGGUGGCGCAUUUAGUAAUUAAUUUUGAAAGUUUCUAUUUACAGCUGGGCGGCUGGAUGACAAUAGCAACUCGAAGCUCAGAAACCGCUACCACUUCCAUAGUCCCGCAGUUCUAGCUCUAGUUCACCAGCACUUAUGUCUACCCUGCAUUUACAUAAUAAAAACAGAAUCAUUGCACCAUG